AUGCCAACAAACAUGAUUGCAAGAGAGUGCUUAACGCAAUGGGCCAACACCAUUAAGCCGAAGAAAUUCACAAUCCCGGACUCCUAUUCAGUUGGUCCCAUUACGAACUUGACCAACUUGCUCAAUGGAGUAUUCAAAACCAAAUCCCCACUGGAACAAUCGGCAUCAAAUUCGAUCCCCCAACUGUCUUGGUUCAGGGGAUACCACUUUAUUUUUAGUUGCCAGCAGAAUCAACAAAUUGGAAGUGACGGGUACGAUAAUUACCAAGCGCCCCUUGGUGACAACCAUCAUCAAUUGUACUUGAGACGAUUAUGGGCUAGAGGGUCAAUACAGUUUAUCCAGCCACCAAAGAUCAACAGUGCAUUAACCUGUACUGAACAAGUACAGAAAGUUAAACCGUACAAUGACGAUGUAUUUGUUGACAUUGAUCGUAAAUUUACUUCGGACGAAGGGGAGCUAUUGUUGGUUGAGAGUAGGACCAUGUUGUACACAAAUCAAUUGUAUACACUGAAUAAGUCUCCCAAGUUGACGGAAAAUGAACCUAAAGUCACUGUCAAAAUUUCACCAAUUGAUUUACUAAAGUACAGUAUGCUCACGUACAAUUUGCAUCGCAUCCAUUUCGACCCCAAGUACGCCCAUUCCGUUGAAAAUUUGCCGACAUUACUCGUUCAUGGUCCGUUUCAAGUGACGUUGAUUUUAUACUAUUUCGGUUUGCAAUAUCCCGAUUUGAUUGUGCAGCAGCUCAAAUAUAGAACUUAUGAGCCGUUUUUCGUUAAUGAUGAAGCAGGGAUACUGAUUGUUGCUAAAGGAUCGAAUGAGUUUCAAUUGACUUUGUUCAGUGCUGAGCAAAAGAUCAUCUACUUACAGGGUACAUUGAAAUGCAAGUAG